UGUCAUCAUCAAAAGCCAUCAUCAUGAUUAUUGGCACUAUUCCAGCUGUUAUUUUGGAUACUAAAGAAGUUCAACUGUUAAAGCUAUUUCCGAUGUGGUUUUAAUGAAAUUUAAUAAAAGUGACACUCAUAAAUAAAUUGAAACACAAUGUAAAAAGCAUUAGAUUGACUGUUCGAUAGAUAGAGAGGUAGUUUAAAGCGAUAGAUUUGUUAGUCGGGUAGCCUGGAACAGUAUACAAACAAACAAAAGAAUAUACUGUUGAGAUAGUGAAAAGUGAGUUUGCUUAGGUAAAAUCUUAGUCCCAUUCAGCUAUAUUGAAGUUCCUUCAAUAGGGCAACAUGUUAGUUCGUUUCCAUUUUUUCUGCGAGAAAUAUUUUUGUUCUUGUUCCACGACCAGAGGACUGCAUUUACGAGUCAGUCAAAGAGGUUAAGAGAUCGAAACCUUUCGUUAGUUCAAUCAAUUUUAAGCACAAUGUUUGAUAGAACAAAACUAAAACGUUCCAUUACAAACGAUAGGAAAAAUGCCACGGACACUAAACCUAUAUCUCGCUUUGCUACAUUGACACCGGGAGAAAAUAUAAAAGAAAAGCAGCAAAAGUUGAAAGAAGAGCGAGAAAGCAAACGAAAACAACUGGACGACCGUCAUUGGUAUAUUUUACAAACAGUCGCAGAUUGUCUUCAACUGGACAAAUUAGAUGUCGAGGAAAGUAUCCUUGAAGGAACACAGAUUGAAAUCAUCCACAGAUUCUUAGAAGCAAAUGGCGCAAGGCAACUCAUAUUCUAUUACCAGGAACCAACUGUAGAGAAAACCACAGAUAAUCUUCGUCUUGGAGUUCCACUGAAUCGAGUGAAUCGUCCAACAAAGGCCAAAAUAUUUGUCACUGAUGGUAAAGAAUUGUGUUUGAGAGGAACAGGUUUACUAUUCAUAAAAGUCAACACCUGUAAUGAUCUCACCGAAGCUAAUAUUGCUAAGGAAGUUAAUUAUAUGCAGUUACAUGCGAGUGGUUCCAGUGAAAGUAGCAACACCGUCUUGACUUCCUUAGAAGCAUUGUUAUCCAAUAUUUUCAUCCCAGCAGCUUGUAACCAUCAAAAUGGCUGGGGUGAGCUGGACACACAACAGCAAGGACAAAAAAUACAGAAUAACUUUUAUAACUCAAUGUCUUCUUUUGUUUCAGUAUUGUCAGGUGCCCAAGAUAGUCUUGGAGAAAAGGUGACAUUGCAACAUUUCAAACCAAUGAGCAGUUUGCAAACAUUCACAGCUUCUGGGUAUGUGGCUAUUGCCAAUAGUGGUGAAGCAUUGGAAGAAAUUGAAAACAUCAUUAAAAUUUGGAUAAAGCAAGUUGAACAGGUACUUGCAGAAAGUGAACAAAUGCGGAGGGAAGCUGAUGAUAUUGGUCCACGCGCUGAACUGGAACACUGGAAACGACGCAUGUCUAAAUUCAAUUAUUUGUUAGAUCAGAUCAAAGGUGAAGAAGUGCGAACUGUUCUAUGUAUACUCCAAGUGGCCAAAUCAAAAUUCUUAAAGAUUUGGCAGGAACUUGAUCGUAAAAUCACAGAUGCUGCCAAUGAAGCUCGGGACAAUGUUAAAUUUUUGUAUACUUUGGAGAAAUUCUGUGACCCUCUCUACAAUAGCAAUCCAGUUGGUAUGCUGGCUGGAAUUGCAGGUCUAAUUAAUGGCAUCCGCAUGAUACAUAGUAUUUCUCGCUAUUACAAUACAUCAGAAAGAAUGACUUCCCUUUUUGUAAAAGUAACCAAUCAAAUGAUAACUGCUUCUAAAGCAUACAUUACCUGCGAUGGUAGUGAGACAGUAUGGACACAGCCCACCGACUUAUUGAUGAAAAAACUACACGAUUGUAUCAUGCUUAAUGAUACUUACCAAAAAUGUUUCCAACAGACCAAAGAAAAGCUGGAGAAACUGCCACAUGAGAGACAGUUUGACUUCUCGGGGAUGUACAUAUUUGGGAAAUUUGACACAUUCGUAAGGAGGCUUAGAAAAAUUAUCGAAAUGUUUGAAACUAUUGAACUUUAUUCUAAUCUGUCGACAUCUAAAAUUGAAGGUCUGGAAAGUAUGUCUAAGACUUUCCAAAGUAUUGUCUCUUGUCUGCGAAAUAAAACUUACAAUUGUUUGGAUCAAAGAAAGACUGAAUAUGAUCAAGACUUUGAAGAUUUCAAAAGAAAAAUUCAAGAACUCCAUAUGUCUGUUGCUGAUUUCAUGGAAAAGAGAUUUGAAAGUCACAACAGUUCUCAAUUGGCUUUGCAAAUGUUGCAGAAAUUUGAACUACUAAAACUUCCUAAUUUAGGCAUUCAAGAAAAAUAUCAGCAAAUAUUACUACACUAUGUAAAAGAUAUUGAAAUGGUUACACGACUUUAUCAAAAGUACAAAAAUAAUCCACCAGUUACCAGAGAUUAUCCUCUAUUUGCAGGAAAAAUGUCUUGGGCUAGGCAACUUUUCUCUCAUCUACAAGAGCCCAUGGAAGAUUUCAAGCAACAUAGUGCUAUUUUGCAAUGUGAAGAGUCUAAAGCUAUUAUUGUGAAAUACAACAGAAUGACCAAAGUUUUACUUGAAUUUGAAAUUCUUUACUAUAGAGAAUGGCUACAUCAGGUGGAAUCUGUAAAGGAGAAACUCCAGUCUCCUUUGUUGGUACGCCAUCCUAAAACUAAGGAAUUAUUUGUAAAUUUUGAUUCCAAAGUUAUGAUGAUGAUCAGGGAAACGGAAUGUAUGGCUCGCCUUGGAUACAUAAUUCCACCUUUUGCUUGUAUUCUGCGAUCCAGGCAAGAAGAAUAUAAGAAGAUAUGUAAUGGUUUAGAACUUAUGCUAAAGGAGAACAACAACAUUCGAAGCAAAUUUCCAAGUGUACUUGAGCCCUUAAUGCAAGUACAUAUAGCAAGAGUUGACAAAGCUAUAGAACCAGGAUUGACAACACUCACAUGGACAGCCAUCGGUAUAAACGAAUACUUAGAAAACGUUGAGCACGCUUUAAAGUUAUUUACGUUGCUUUUGGACAGAGUAACCGAUAUCUGUGAGUUUAGAAUUGAAGCUAAUUUACUUGAUAUAAGUCAAGUUAAGCUUUGUGAACUGCCAGAAGUUGAACCGUGGUCUGUGAAAUAUUUCAUGGAAAAAACACAGUUUUUAUGUGCACAAGGGGCCCAAAGUUUGAGCCACAAAAGCCAGAACCUUGAAAAUGCUGUCAAUGAGUUGAUCACUGUUUUAUGUGAUAAACCCCAGGAGGAGGAAUAUGGGGAAGAAAGCACCAACACUGAAAAAUCACAGAAAUAUGCUGAGGGCGCUAAAAAGAAUUCCCGUCCAUUUUUCCGCACCGAUGCUAUUCUAACCAUUCCCAGCAUUACUGUCCAACCAGCCCUUGAUGAAAUACAACAAGUCAUCAACAAAGCUGUUCAUAUGAUUGUUGGUGUGCAUAAACAUGUUGCUCACUGGUCGAAACAAUCACCCAAAUUUCUGAAGGUCAAAGUGAAAAGUGGAACUAAUAUUGUCGGUCCAUUUUCAACAACAUCCGCAACAGAAGCAGCAGCAAUAUCAAGUGUGUCUUUUCCUAUGGAAAGCCAAGAAAGACUAACAAGUCUGAGUAUCAAUGAUUUAUCAGAAAGUGUGCACAGUGACCCAUUCACAAAGAGCAGUCACAGUCGAGUCGAUCCUGAUAACUCUACAGAGAUUUCCAGUGUACAGCUUUUAUCCAAAAGUUAUUACAAAUGUAUAUCGGAGAAUAAAGAAAUUGCAAAACUGGUCUCAUUACUGUCAGCAUCCAUAAACUCAACGAAAAAGGAAGUAGCAAAUUCUUUGAAAGAAUUCUCCCAUUAUCACAUACUUUGGGAUGUUGAUCGAAAUAAAAGCUUAGAAAGAUUUCUUCAAGAAGACCCAAGUCUCUCUGACUUUGAAUCAAAUAUUAUUUACUAUGAACAACUUGAGAACAAAAUCCACCAAGAACCUGAAUAUUUUGACGUGGGAUCAAUUGCAAUAUAUACAGAAAAACUUCGAUUUGGUCUUCUUACGGAAACUAAAACAUGGCGGCAACAUUAUGGUAAGGCCUGCAACAUCAAAUACCGAACUGAUAUGGAAGAAAACUUUACUUUUAUUGAGGAUCUUAACAAGAGACUAAAUCGACCAAUAAUAGACCUGGAUGAUGUAAGACAUGCUAUGGCUGCAUUGAAAGAAAUUAGGGAAAAUGAGAUCAAAAUUGAAAUGAGUAUUGGCCCAAUUGAGGAAUCAUAUGCAAUGUUGAAUAGACAUAAAUUACCAGUACGAAGAGAAGAAACAGACCCCUGUGAUACCCUUCGUUAUUCUUGGGAAAAACUUCAAGCCCAAGCUUCAGAAGUUGGGAGUCAUCUGUUGACCAUUCAACCAGAGUUCCGUCAUGAACUCAUCACAAAUGUCAAUAUUUUCCACAACAACUGUACAGAAUUCUAUGAGGAAUAUGCAAAGUCAGGACCAAUGGUGGCAGGAAUUGAUCCUAGAGACGCUGCUGAUCGACUAAUAAUUUUUCAGAACCAUUUUGAUAACUUGUACCGUAAGUAUAUAACUUACACAAGAGGUGAAGAACUAUUUGGUCUUCCGGUCACCCAGUGUCCAGAACUGAUGCAGAUCAACAAAGAAUUGAAACUUCUUCAAAAGCUUUAUGGACUCUAUACUAAUGUCAUUGAUACAGUGACUGGUUAUCAAGAUAUCCCAUGGAGUGAUGUCAACAUCGAAAAGAUCAAUGCAGAACUGCUGGAGUUGCAAAAUAGAUGUCGCAAACUGCCUCGUGCUUUGAAGGAUUGGCAAGCUUUUAAAGACCUAAAGCAAAAAAUUGAUGAUUUUAAUGAAAUCAUUCCUUUACUCCAACUAAUGAGUAACCAAGCUAUGAAAGACCGUCACUGGAAGAGACUAACGAGAGUAACAGGCUAUCAGUUUGAAAUGAAGGAUGACAAUUUAUUGCUUAAAAACGUACUAGAAGCUCCUCUCCUUAAGUAUAAGGAAGAAAUCGAAGAUAUUUGCAUUUCAGCUGAAAAAGAAAAAGAUAUCGAAGCGAAACUGAAACAAGUGAUGCUAGAUUGGGAUAUGAAAGAGUUUACCUUUGGUAAUUUCAAGAACAGAGGAGAACAACUAUUACGAGGAGAUGCAACUAGCGAAAUUGUUGGACUCAUAGAAGACUCUUUGAUGAUUCUUAGCUCUCUUAUGAAUAACAGGUUCAAUGCACCCUUCAAAAGAGAGAUACAACAAUGGGUUCAAAAUCUGUCAAACUCGUCUGAAAUCAUAGAUAACUGGUUGACUGUACAAAAUCUUUGGGUCUACCUUGAAGCUGUCUUUGUUGGGGGAGAUAUUGCGAAACAACUUCCAAAGGAAGCAAAGCGGUUUUCGAACAUUGACAAGUCUUGGGUGAAGAUAAUGAGCCGAGCCCAUGAAAUUCCCAAUGUUGUUCGUUGUUGUGUUGGUGAUGACACUCUAAUUCAGUUACUGCCACAUUUGUUGGAACAACUCGAAUUAUGUCAAAAAUCAUUGACUGGUUAUUUAGAGAAAAAGAGGCUGCUUUUCCCUCGCUUUUUCUUUGUGUCUGAUCCAGCCUUAUUGGAAAUUCUUGGUCAAGCCAGUGACUGCCACACCAUCCAGGCUCAUCUUCUCAGUGUCUUCGAUAACAUAAAGUUGGUGAAAUUUCAUGAAAAGCAAUAUGAAACAAUACUAUCUGUGGAAUCAAGUGAAGGAGAAUGUAUGGAAUUAGACAAACCAGUAAAAGCUGAAGGAAAUGUAGAAGUUUGGCUCAUGUCAUUAAUGAAAAUGGCACAAAAGUCUCUCCAUGGAAUCAUUAGGAAAGCUGCUAAUGCAAUACAAGAAUCAAAUUUUAAACUAUUGGAGUUCCUCAAUUCAUUUCCAGCACAAGUUGGAAUACUUGGGAUACAGUUAUUAUGGACAAGAGAUGCAACAAUUGCAUUGACAGAUGCACGUAGUGACCGUAAGCGAAAACCAAUGCAGCAAGCGAACCAAUCAUUUUUGAAGCUUCUGAAUACCCUCAUCACCCAAACCACUGCAGAUCUGAACAAAAUGGACCGAACCAAGUAUGAAACCCUGAUCACAAUACAUGUCCACCAGAGAGAUAUUUUUGAUGAACUGUGUCAUACAAAUGUAAGAAGUCCAACAGACUUUGAAUGGUUAAAACAGUCACGUUUUUACUUCAUAGAAGACCAAGACAAAUGUAUGAUAUCAAUUACAAAUGUCAACUUCACUUAUCAGAAUGAAUUCCUUGGCUGCACAGAACGACUGGUCAUAACACCACUGACUGACAGAUGCUACAUCACAUUGGCUCAGGCUCUUGGCAUGUCAAUGGGUGGAGCUCCUGCUGGUCCUGCUGGCACUGGAAAAACAGAAACAACAAAAGACAUGGGAAGAUGUUUAGGAAAAUAUGUUGUUGUUUUCAACUGCUCUGACCAGAUGGACUUUCGUGGGUUAGGACGCAUCUAUAAAGGUUUGGCUCAGUCUGGCACGUGGGGCUGUUUUGAUGAAUUUAAUCGAAUUGAUUUGCCAGUGUUGUCAGUGGCUGCACAACAAAUUGCAAUAGUUCUCACGUGUAAAAAGGAGCGGAAAAAUCAAUUUGUGUUCACAGAUGGAGAUGUCAUUCAGAUGAACCCAGAGUUUGGUAUUUUUCUCACGAUGAAUCCAGGCUAUGCUGGGCGACAAGAAUUACCUGAAAACUUAAAGAUUAACUUUAGAACUGUUGCCAUGAUGGUUCCAGACCGGCAGAUUAUUAUUCGUGUAAAGUUAGCCAGUGCUGGUUUCAUAAAUAAUAUUAAUUUGGCAUGUAAGUUCUUCACAUUAUAUAAGCUGUGCGAAGAACAGCUUACUAAACAGGUUCAUUAUGAUUUUGGAUUACGGAACAUUUUAUCUGUACUCCGCACACUCGGAGCAAAGAAAAGAGCUUCACCUGAAGAGACAGAACAUACAAUUGUGAUGAGUGUUCUUAGAGAUAUGAACCUGUCAAAGCUAGUGGACCAAGACGAACCUCUGUUUUUAUCACUUAUAAAUGAUCUUUUCCCUGGAAUAAUUCUUAGUAAACAAAAGUAUGCAAUGUUGGAAGAUGCUAUUGACAAGCAUAUUAAUGAAAACUGUCUUGUUCAACAUCCUUCAUGGAUUCUGAAAGUUAUCCAGUUGUAUGAGACACAACUAGUACGGCAUGGAAUGAUGACUUUAGGCCCAAGUGGCUCAGGGAAGACAUGUUGUAUUCAUACACUAAUGAAAGCAAUGACAGAAUGUGGGAAAGUGCAUAAAGAAAUGAGGAUGAAUCCUAAAGCCAUUACUUCAGCACAGAUGUUUGGCAAACUUGAUGUAGCAACUAAUGACUGGACUGAUGGGAUAUUUUCAACUCUUUGGAGAAGGACCCUGAAAGCAAAGAAAGGGGAACACAUUUGGAUUGUUUUGGAUGGACCUGUAGAUGCUAUUUGGAUAGAGAACCUUAACUCGGUCCUAGAUGACAACCGGACAUUGACAUUGGCAAAUGGAGAUCGUAUACCAAUGGCACCGAAUACAAAGAUCAUAUUUGAACCACAUAAUAUUGAUAAUGCUUCUCCAGCCACUGUGUCCCGUAAUGGCAUGGUUUACAUGAGUAGCUCAGGACUGAAUUGGAAGCCCAUUCUUCAGGGAUGGCUAAAUCACAGACCUUUGCAAGAAGCUAUGAUAAUUAUGAAUCUUUUUGAAGAAAGUUUUCCCAUAGUGUUUAACUAUUCUAUUCAGAAUUUUGUUUUCAAAAUGGACAUUUUGGAAGUUUUUAUCAUAUCUCAGGCAACGAAACUUCUUUCUGGUCUUAUUCCUGCCAAAGAUGAAAAAGACCCCCAAAUAAAAGAACAUUAUGCUCAUCUUUAUAUAUUUACUCUGUUGUGGAGCAUUGGUGCUUUCUUGGAAUUGGAUGAUCGAGCUAAACUGGAGCAAUUUCUACGUACAACACCAAAUGUCAGCAGUUAUUUACCUAAGAUUGAUGAAAGCUCUGAGUCAACAAUUUUUGAUUAUAUGGUAGCUGCUGAUGGUUCAUGGGUACAUUGGAAUAACCUCGUUAAAGAAUAUCACUAUCCCAAACACGAGACACCUGAGUAUGCAUCAAUUUUAGUACCAAUGGUGGACAAUGUGAGAACAGAUUACCUGUUAAAUACCAUUGCCAAACAGGGCAAAGCAGUUAUGUUGAUUGGUGAACAAGGAACAGCGAAAACAGUUAUGAUAAAUGCAUAUUUAAGAAAAUACAAUCCUGAAAAUCACGUCACUAAAGCUUUAAACUUUUCUUCUGCAACAACGCCUCUCAUGUUCCAGAAAUCAAUAGAGAGCUAUGUGGAUAAACGAGUGGGUAACACCUAUGGACCCACAGCAGGGAAGAAAAUGAGUGUCUUCAUUGAUGACAUUAACAUGCCAGUGGUGAAUGAAUGGGGAGACCAAGUGGCCAAUGAAAUUGUACGUCAACUCAUAGAAAUGAAUGGUUAUUACAGUUUAGAGAAACCUGGUGACUUUAUAAACAUUACAGAUAUACAGUUCUUGGCAUCUAUGAUACAUCCCGGUGGAGGCAGGAACGACAUUCCACAGCGCCUAAAGAGACAUUUUGCAAUUUUUAAUUGCACCUUGCCAUCUAAUACAUCAAUAGAUAAGAUCUUCUCAACGAUUGGUUUGGGUCAUUACUGCAAAGAAAGAGGUUUUGCAGCAGACAUCAUAGAAAUGGUUCAAAAACUUAUUCCUCUCACAAGACGAUUAUGGCAGCUAACAAAGGUAAAAAUGCUACCAACACCUGCAAAAUUUCAUUAUAUUUUUAACUUGAGAGACUUGUCCAGAAUCUGGCAGGGAAUGAUCAAUGUUGAGUCAUCUGUCAUCAAUUCUACCACAUUAUUGCUUGGUUUAUGGAAACACGAAUGUAGUCGUGUUAUCUCUGACAGGUUUGUGUUACCUGCUGAUAUUAAGUGGUACGAGAAAACAACGGAGCGUGUUGUUUUGGAGGACCUUGGACAGGAAUACCGUGAACAAAUCCAGAAGACUCUCUAUUUUACAGAUUUCCUCAGAGAUCCUCCAGAACCUUCAGGAGAGGAACCUGAUGAUGAAGACUUUGAAAUGCCUAAAGUUUAUGAACCUAUUGAAUCAUUUGAUCAACUCCAAGAAUGGCUUCAGAAUUAUUUAGAGCAAUACAAUGAAACCAUUCGAGGAAUAGGAAUGGAUUUGGUAUUUUUUGAAGAUGCUAUGAUCCACUUGAUGAAAAUAUCACGAAUAAUUCGUACAGCAAGAGGGAAUGCUUUGCUUGUGGGUGUUGGUGGAUCAGGAAAACAAUCUUUAACUCGGCUUGCCUCUUAUAUUGCAGGUUAUCAAAUAUUUCAAAUUACAUUGUCAAGAUCUUACAAUGUUAUCAACCUAUUAGAAGACCUGAAACAUCUAUAUCGAGUAGCAGGGCUUUAUGGAAAAGGAAUUACUUUCCUAUUUACUGAUCAAGAAAUUAAAGAUGAAGGUUUUUUGGAAUACCUUAACAAUGUGUUAUCUUCUGGCCUCGUUGCGAAUUUGUUUGCAAGAGAUGAAAUGGAUGAAAUUUUAGGAGACUUGACACCAAUAAUGAAGAAAGAAAUGCCAAGACGGCCUUCAACAAAUGAAAACCUUUAUGAAUAUUACCUCAGUCGUGUACGGAGUAAUUUGCAUGUCGUCCUGUGUUUCUCUCCGGUCGAUGAACAGUUUCGUCUCCGUUCCUUGAAAUUUCCGGGUCUCAUCUCUGGUUGUACAAUCGAUUGGUUUCAACGCUGGCCAAAAGAUGCACUUGUGGCUGUUGCUAAUCACUUCAUUUCUAAUUUUGAUAUUGCAUGUACAGUUGAAGUAAAGAGAGAGCUCGUAUAUGCAAUGGGUUCCCUUCAGCAUGGUGUGUCUGAAUGCUGUACUGAAUAUUUCCAUAGGUACCGAAGAUCAACACAUGUAACACCAAAAUCUUACCUGUCGUUCAUAAAUGGAUACAAGACUAUCUAUACAGAAAAGAGAAAAGAACUUGGUGAAAUGGUUGAGAGAAUGAAUACAGGUUUGGAGAAGUUGAUAGAAGCCUCUCUUACAGUUGUUGACCUGAAGAAACAGCUGGUGGUGAAAGAGAAAGAGCUUACUGUGGCUACUGAGAAAGCUGAAAUGGUGUUAAAAGAAGUUACUGAGAAAGCGAAAGCCACUGAACAAAGUAAAGACAAGGUGCAGAAAGUUAAAGACAUUGCUCAGCAAAUAGUAGAUAGCAUUGCUACUGAUAAAAACAUAGCUAUGGAAAAACUAGAAGCCGCUCGUCCAGCCCUGGAAGAGGCAGAAGCAGCUUUAAAUACGAUACGUCCGGCUGAUAUUGCUACUGUCAGAAAACUUGGCCGCCCUCCACAUCUGAUUAUGCGGAUUAUGGAUUGUGUGUUGAUACUCUUCCGUAAGAAACUAGACCCAGUUGUGACUGAUGCAGAAAAACCAGGGUUCCUGAAACCGUCAUGGGGAGAAACAUUAAAAUUGAUGAGUGGUGCUGGUAUGCUGCAAAGUCUAAUGUCUUUUCCCAAAGAUUCCAUAAAUGAUGAAAUGGUUGAACUAUUACAACCAUAUUUAAAAAUGGAAGAUUAUAAUUUAGAAGUGGCGAAAAAGGUAUGUGGAAAUGUUGCUGGGUUACUAUCUUGGACCAAAGCUAUGGCUUAUUUCUUUGAAAUUAACAAGGAAGUCCUACCUCUUAAGGACAAUCUGGCAGUGCAAGAGGCCAAACUUCAAUCGGCCAAUGCCGACCUCAUGAAAGCAGAAGACCAAUUGAGUGUCCAAGUUGCUAAACUUAAUGCAGUCAAAAUUGACUAUGACCGAGCUAUGGUUGAGAAACAAACUUUAGUUGAUGACUACGACUCUUGUAAGUCUAAAAUGACAGCUGCUUCCGAGUUGAUUUCUGGUUUAGCUGGAGAGAAAGAACGAUGGACUGAGCAGAGUAAAGAAUUCAACGAACAAAUUGGAAGACUUGUUGGAGACGUGUUAAUAUGUACGGCAUUUCUUUCCUAUGCUGGACCAUUCAAUCAAGAUUUCCGUUUAAUCCUUCACAAUAAGUGGAUAAAGGAAUUGAAGACACGCAAAAUCCCUCACACGGCGAACCUGAAUGUUACAGAUAUGCUCACUAACCCAACUUUGAUUGGUGAAUGGAAUUUGCAAGGAUUACCAAAUGAUGAACUCUCUAUUCAGAAUGGAAUUAUUGUAACAAAGGCUGUAAGAUAUCCAUUAUUAAUUGAUCCACAAGGACAAGGCAAGAAAUGGAUAAAACAGCAACAAGGUGAUAAAGACCUCCAGGUGACAUCACUGAACCACAAAUAUUUCCGGCAACAUCUUGAAGACUGCAUGUCUCUUGGAAGACCAUUACUCAUUGAUGAUAUAGGAGAGGAACUCGACCCAGCUUUGGAUAAUAUACUUGAGAAAAACUUCAUCAAAAUUGGUACUUCGUGCAAAGUUAAAGUUGGAGAUAAAGAGUGUAAUGUAAUGAAUGGCUUUACAUUAUACAUCACAACAAAGUUACCAAACCCUUCAUAUACACCAGAAAUCUCUGCUCGGACAUCUAUCAUUGAUUUCACAGUAACUGUGAAAGGUCUAGAAGAUCAGUUACUGGGUAGAGUCAUCCUUAUGGAAAAAGCUGAACUUGAAAGUGAACGAGUGAAGUUAAUGGAAGACAUCACAACAAACAAAAAAAAGAUGCAAGAGUUAGAAGACAACCUUCUCUAUAGACUGACCAGUACUCAGGGUUCGUUAGUUGAGGAUUCUAAUUUAAUCAAUGUUCUCCAUAUCACAAAAGAUACAUCACAAGAAGUGAAACAGAAGUUAAUUACAGCUGCUGAAACAGAAGUGAAAAUUAACGAAGCACGGGAAGAAUUUCGGCCUGUUGCUACCAGAGGAAGUAUCUUGUAUUUCCUCAUCACUGAAAUGAGUUUGGUAAAUUGCAUGUAUCAGACAGCACUAGAACAAUUUCUUCAGCUGUUUGAUAUGUCAAUGGAAAGAUCAGCUAAAUCACCAAUAACUCAAAAGAGAAUUCUGAACAUCAUACGGUUUAUGACUUAUGAAAUUUACAAGUAUACUGUCCGAAGUCUAUAUGCAACAGAUAAACUGACCUUUACUCUCUUGUUAACCCUGAAAAUUGACCUUCAAGCACAAAAAAUAAGGCAUGAAGAAUUUCUGACUUUCAUUAAAGGUGAUUAUUUUCAAAAUCAUUUCCGGCUAAUUGUUGAGGGGACGUUGGUGUUGCCUUGGCAGAGAUAUUCAAGUAACACAGCUCAAUCAAUUCUGGACACAAUUCUUAAUAUUCAACCAAAAGACAGCAGUGGUGGUAGUGGUGAAACUAGAGAAUCCAUUGUUUACAAUAUAAGCAAUGAUAUGCUUGAAAGUCUUCCUGCUGACUAUGUUAUGUUCGAUGUCAAAGCUCAACUUGAAAAGGUCGGAGCCUUAGAACCAAUGAAUAUUUUCCUACGACAGGAAAUUGACCGGAUGCAACGAGUUAUCACUGCCGUCAGAAAUACAUUGCUAGACCUAAAACUGGCCAUUGAUGGAGCAAUAAUCAUGAAUGAACAUCUGAGGCAUGCUUUAGAUGCCAUGUUUAAUGCAAGAAUACCAUCUUAUUGGCAAAAAAUUUCCUGGGAAUCAAGCAACCUUGGAUUUUGGUUUACUGAACUCAGUGAUCGAAAUGCUCAAUUUCGUAGCUGGUGUUUUGAAGGGAGACCUGCUGCAUUCUGGAUGACUGGAUUUUUCAACCCUCAAGGAUUUUUAACAGCAAUGAGACAAGAAGUAACUCGGAAGUAUAAGCAUAAAGGAUGGGCUUUGGAUAGUGUUUAUCUCCAGAAUGAUGUGACCACAAAACGGAAGGAGGAAACUCUAACUAUCCCCUCAGAAGGUGUUUACAUUUAUGGUUUAUAUUUAGAAGGAGCUGGAUGGGACCGGUCCAAUAGUAGACUCCAGGAGGCAAAACCCAAGAUUCUCUCCGAACCAAUACCAGUGAUUCAUAUGUAUGCAGUGAAUCAGCCACGACCAGUUGACAGCAAGACGUAUGUUUGCCCCAUUUACAAGAAACCUUGUCGUACUGAUUUGACUUAUGUGGCGAGUGUCACACUUAAAGUGGAAAAUAAUACUGCGGAUAAGUGGGUGAAAAGAGGAGUUGCUUUACUUUGUGAUAUCAAGUGAAAGUACAUCAUGAUGAUUCUGCAGACUUAUGUGUCAGAACAUACGAGGGGGUACUGAAAAGUCCCUGGCUUUAAGGCUAUCGUGAAAGGCCUGGUUGGAGGCCCAACCUUCCGAGUUCUUUUACAGGGUUUAGAAAAACUGAAAGGACCACUGCAAUAAGUGUGUGAAUCUGAGAGAGGAAUAUGCUGAAUAAAAUCCUAACUAACUGAUCCUUCUGUAUUUUCUUUUAACCAAAGCCAGGAACUUUUCAGCACCCCCUCGCAUACUGUUUCUAAUUUAAAAUUUCUUUGCUUAAGCAAAACUACAUUUGAAUUAAAAUAGUCAUCUAUACAUCACAGUUACUGUAAACACGUUGUUGAAAGGAAAUUUACUAGCUUUCAAUGACGUAUUUAAGUUAAAUAUGAUAUAUGGAUGACUAUUAGAAUUACAUUUUGUUUGACAUAGUAGCAACCAGAUAUUAAAGAACGAUUUUUGUCCAUAUUUAAUUAAAUUUUCCAAUAAAAUUUAUGUCACAGAAUUUCUGUGGAGAUGGCUGGGAUAGUA